CCCCCUGCCGCCAAACGAGGGAACUGCACUUUCAGAUUUCUCAACCAGCUCCAUUUCGCUCUUUGUGUUUAUUUGUUUGAAAGCUCUGCGAGCAAACUCCAAAUUUAUGUCCACCCGGGGGCUCGGCUCGCGUUCCUCGGCACUUUCGAGCAUGGAGCGGCUGUAGGAGCGGGCUGUAGCGGCGGCGCCUCGCUGCGUGGUGGUUUCCGGUGUCCGUCCGUCUGCAGGAGGAUGGCGUCCGGCUUCGACCGCAUCCCCUCCACCGCCGGUCCUCCGAGUCCCGAAAACGUCGACGGUUGUGGACCACAGGCCGAUUAGCAGCAGCGAAAAGCACUAAUAAUAAACCAGCCCCUGGUUUUUUUUUUAUUUUUAUCACCACGGCCUCAGAGGAGGUGUGCAAAGUGAAAUAUUAUCUGCGAGCCCCCUCUAAUCAGCGCUGGUUACCAAAAAAAACCACCAUCCUGUCAAGAAGUUUGGCACUGAAAUCUCAACCCCCCCUCAUCCUCCUCCCCUCUCAUCUGAGCACCGAGCUCCUGUGGAAGUGGAAGGAUGACGGAGGCGUGGCAGCAGCAGCAGCAACAUGCCGUGGCUCCACCUUCCGUCGUGCACACGCUGCCCCCGGGGGCCGACAACUCUUUGGGCUGCGCCGUGUACGGCGUCGUCCUGCAGCCCGACACCUCCCUGCAGCAGCCCCAGCACGGCCAGCAGCUCACCGUGCAAGCCCAGCAGCCCUCCCUGCAGGUCGGGGGCGAGAGGGGCCACAAGUGCAGCGCCUGCGGCCACGACAUAUCCCACCUGGCCAACCCGCACGAGCACCAGUGCAUGGUGAGCACGGACCGGUCGUUCCAGUGCACGCAGUGCAUGAAGAUCUUCAGCCAGGCGACGGACCUGCUGGAGCACCAGUGCGUGCAGGUGGAGCAGAAGCCGUUCGUGUGCGGCGUCUGCAAGAUGGGCUUCUCGUUGCUCACCUCGCUGGCCCAGCACCACAACUCGCACGGCAACGGCAACAACCCGAUGAAGUGCUCCAUCUGCGAGAAAACCUACCGGCCGGGCUCCGGGAACGCCACCCCGACCUCGUCGGCCGCUAACCCCCAGCAGCCCUCCACCGGGGAGACGUCCGGCGGCGCGGCCAUCAGCGCCUCGUCUCCGCCCGCGUUCGAGGCGUCCUCCCCGGACCGGCCGUACAAGUGCUCCGUGUGCCACAAGUCCUUCCGGCACCUGUCGGAGCUGACCCGCCACGAGAGGAUACACACCGGCGAGAAGCCGUACAAAUGCGACACGUGCGACAAAAGCUUCAGCCAGUCGUCGCACCUGGCGCACCACCAGCGCACGCACAGCUCGGAGCGGCCGUACAAGUGCGCCGUGUGCGAGAAGAGCUUCAAGCACCGCUCCCACCUGGUGCGGCACAUGUACGCGCACUCGGGCGAGCACCUCUUCAAGUGCAAUUUGUGCGAGAUGCACUUUAAAGAGUCGUCGGAGCUCCUCCACCACCAGUGCCAGCCGGAGGGCGAGCGGCCUUUCCGCUGCGGCUCGUGCGGGAAGAGUUUCAAGCGGCCGUCCGACCUGCGCCAGCACGAGCGCACCCACUCCGAGGAGCGGCCCUUCCAGUGCGAGGAGUGCCAGAUGAGCUUCAAGCAGCAGUACGCCCUGGUCCGCCACCGCCGCACGCACAAAAACCCGGCGGAUCGCCCGUUCAAAUGCAACCUCUGCGACAAGGGCUUCCUCCAGCCGUCCCACCUGCUCUACCACCAGCAGGUCCACGGCAUGGAGAGCCUGUUCAAGUGCGCGUCCUGCCAGAAGUCGUUCAGCCAGUCGGGGGAGCUGCUGCGGCACAAGUGCGGUGGCGAGGUGGAGAAGCCCUACAAGUGCGACGUGUGCGGCAAAGGCUACAAAAAGAAUUCGACGCUGCAGCGCCACCAGAACUCUCACUGCACGGAGAAGCCGCUCAAGUGCUCGCUGUGCGACAAGCGCUUCGUGUCGUCGUCCGAGUUCGUCCAGCACCGCUGCGACCCGACGCGGGAAAAGCCGCUCAAGUGCCCCGACUGUGAAAAGCGCUUCAGGUAUUCGUCGGAGCUGCAGCGCCACCGCCGCGUGCACACGGGCGAGAAGCCCUUCAAGUGCGCCAGCUGCGACAAGAGCUUCAAGCAGCGCGAGCACCUGGCCAAACACCAGAGCGUGCACUCGCGGGAGACGCAGUUCAAGUGCGUGUGGUGCGGCGAGCGCUUCGUCGACCUGGCGGCGCUGCAGGAGCACACGGUGCAGCACACGGCCGAGGGCGAGAGCUUCUCCGAGGCGCCCUGCAUCCAGUGAACACUUGAAGGGCGCGACACGUGCCAGCCACCACCCGCUCACCCGUAAAAGUUCGUAGUUUAAUAACACGCGCUCCCAUAAAUUAUGAUUAUUUAGCAUCUUUUUUUUUUGAGUUAACAGAGGGGAAGAAAACUGUAACAAUGAAUGAAAAAGGUUUUUGUGUCGUGUGUGUGUGUGUGUGUUGGACCCUGUGGUUGCAUGUGGUUCGUCUGUUUUUUUGUAACCCGUUGUCGAGAAAGAUGGCAGGAACGUCCGACGUAUGUGUGUGUGUAUGUGUGUGUGUAGGCUCCUCUGAAAUCCAUGUGCCUUUUUUAUUGUUGUUAUUAUUAUUUUUAUUGUUUUUUUGUUUUUUUAAUCCAGUCACUCAUUUUUUCGUGUGUUUAGCCGAACAGAAACCCCUCCUCCUCCUCCUCCUCCGCGGCUGGCUUGUGCAGCAGUUUAUAUUUUCACAUUACUAGAUAUUAGGUAGUAUCAUCUGUUUGUGCAUGAAUAUUUAUCACACUUUAAUAUCACUGUUGUAUUAUAGGUUUGCUUUAUUUAGGAAAAACACCCUAAGAAGAAGAAGAAGAAGAAGAAGAGAAAAAAAAAGAAGUGGAUUUGUGAAAAAUGUAUAGCCAGUGUCCUGAACUCUGUGUUGUUGCAUCUUUGUAUUAAAACAAAUGGCAUCUAGGUAACUAACCUGAUACCUACCGUGUCAUACAAACACUUGACAUGUGCAAUAGAACAUGCACAAUGUAAUAUUUAUGACUACUGAUUCAUGGCAUAGUCUACUCUGUUAUACUAUAGAUUGUGUGUAUACGCUAUGUAAACAUCGAGAACUGUAUAGUGCUUACGUUACCUGCUUUUCUAUUCACGACGAAUGAGCUCGCUGUAUUUUUUGCAGCUUGCGCUUUAGUUUCAUUUCUAGAAGGAGGUUAAGAAACCCCCCCGCCCCCGCCCCCCCGCCCCAGAGUCGCCACAAAACUUUAGCCGCAUUAGUUACUGUACGAUAGGUCUAACAAAAAGUAAUAUUUUAUUUGUUUUAUUCCAGAAUUGGCCUUGUUAUUGUGUUUUUUUGUUUGUUUUUUUUCACAUGUUUCUACCCCCCCCCCCCCCCCCCCUCGCUCCGGACGUCCGGAUCAGUUCAUUAGCCUCAAAAUGUUGCCACUUAUGUUUAUACAGACGAGGGGAAGAGGGGGUGGAAAAAAUAAUGUGUGUACUUUUAGUUUACUGUGUGGACUUCUAUAUUCUGUACAAUCUUUGCAGUAUAUUUAAAAGAAGGUUUUUGGAGUUUAUAAGUCAUGGACAAAGGGUCGGGGGGGUCGUGUGCCAUGGUUUAAAUCCCGGUGCGUCGGCUUCGAAAGCUCCCGUGGGGAGAACGACGAAGCAUCGAUUUACAACAUAUGGAUAUCAAUAUAGACUCCUGUUCAUACUGUAUACAGGCAAUUAAAAUAAACCUCCCUUACGACAA